CAGAGAGGGGCGGCACACGGCGGGACUGCGUGAACCGCCAUAGAACAACCUCCAAAGUAUCCACAAGCGAAGGGAAUCGGUGAAAAUGUCCGGCAGGCAUUACAUCUCAUCAGAUGCAUUAAAAUACAGACAAGAUUCUCGCCCUCACCGUCCUCUACGUGAAUCCCCUCCACGUCAUCACCCCGCCGAAGACCGAAUCGCCGUCCACCAUCGUGAAAUUCAAUCGCUCCUCGUCGACAACCAACGUCUCGCCGCCACUCACGUUGCACUCAAACAGGAACUCUCCCUCGCGCUGCAGGACCUCCGCCAUCUCUCCUCUGCUGCCGGCAACGUCAAGGCCGACAGAGAUGCGGAAGUGCGCGAGGUCUACGAGAAGGCCGUCAAGAUGGAGGCCGAAGUCAGAUUGAUCGAUGAAUUAAGCGCUGAGUUGGUUCAGGUCAGAGGAGAUGUACAGAAAUUGAGUUCCGAGAGGAAAGAACUUAAUGAGAAGUUGGAUCAGGUUCAUGGUGACCUUGCUAAAGAGAGGUCCAAAGCUCAUCAAAUUCCGCUGAUCAAAGCGGAGAUUGACGCCAUGCACAAAGAACUCCAAAGAGGAAGUUUCAAUGUUUCUAAUAAGGAUGCAAACAGGGCAGCAGUGGAGUAUGAAAAAAAGGUCUAUGCCAGUAACAUUGAACAAAGCCAAGCAAUGGAGAAAAGUAUGAUUUCUAUGUCCCGUGAAAUUGAGAAGCUACAGGCGGAACUUGCCAAUGCAGAUAAGAGAGCAAGGGCAACUGCUGCUGCAGCUGCAGCAGCUACUCCUGGAACAGGAUAUGCUGCAGGUUUUGGCAACCAUGAUAUGGGUUAUGGUGGUAAUGCAUAUCCUGGCAACUAUGCUGCGCAUCAGGUUCAGGGCGGAGUUGAUCCUCAAUAUGGCCAUGGUCCAUAUGACAUGCAACAUCGAAUGGUUGAUGCUCAGUAUGGCCCUGGAGGUGUACCUCGUGGUCCGUAUGACAUGCAACAUCCUAACAAUGCACACGGAUGAAAUUUGUUCGACACUUGGCAAUACAUGGAGUCGUGGUUUUUUUCAUAUUCAGCAUUAGGUAUUUGGGAGGCAUCAUCUAUUGGUUCCUGUGAGUUCGGAUUUCAUCUCGACCCUUUUCUUAUCCAUAACCUGUUGAAUAUGAAAACCUGCUUAUUGAAUCUGGCAAUUUUAACUUGAAAGCAAUUUAUAAAGAUUUUCAUUACUAAAUGGGCCAAUUUUAAACCAAA